GUAAGUGAAGUGUCGUCGCAACGCGCAGGCCUCCGCUGUCUGGUCCUCGGGCGGCGAGGCGGGCCGUGUACUGUGGCCGCGAUGGCGGGCACCCCGGGGCCAGAGAUCCGGGAAAAGUUCCAGGCGGCGCUGGCCCUGUCGCGGAUGGAGCUGCACAAGAACCCGGAGAAGGAGCCGUACAAGUCUAAGUACGGCGCGCGCGCCCUGUUGGAGGAGGUGCGCGCGCUGCUGGGCCCGGCGCCCGAGGACGACGACGAGCGGGCUGCCGAUGACGGGCCGGGGGACCAGGCCCUGGGCGCGGCUCAGCCGCGGGACGCCGAGGGCCCGGGGGAGCAGCGGGCGCUGCGGCUCGCGGUGAUCGAGUUCCACCUUGGCGUGAACCACAUCGACACGGAGGAACUGUCUGCUGGAGAGGAGCAUCUGGUCAGGUGCCUGUCGCUGCUGCGCCCUUUCCGCCUGUCGCUCGGCUGCGUCUCUCUCUACAUCCAGGCGCAGAAUAACCUGGGCAUCCUGUGGUCUGAAAGAGAAGAGAUUGAAACUGCACGGACCUACCUGGAGUCAUCAGAAGCUUUGUACAAUCAGUACAUGAAAGAGAUUGGGAGCCCGCCGCUUGACCCAACUGAGCAUUUUCUUCCUGAAGAAGAGAAACUUACUGAACAAGAGAGAUCCAAAAGAUUUGAGAAGGUUUAUACUCACAACCUGUAUUACCUGGCUCAAGUCUACCAGCACAUGGAAAUGUUUGAGAAAGCUGCUCAUUACUGCCACAGCACACUAAAGCGCCAGCUGGAGCACAAUGCCUACCAUCCCAUGGAGUGGGCCAUUAACGCUGCUACACUGUCGCAGUUCUACAUCAAUAAGCUCUGCUUUAUGGAAGCCCGACAUUGUCUGUCUGCUGCUAAUGUAAUUUUUGCUCAAACUGGAAGACUCCCAGCUAUAGAAGACACUCCUGAAGCUGAAGGAGACGCGCCGGAGCUGCACCGUCAAAGGAGAGGGGAGAUAGCAAGAUGCUGGAUCAAGUACUGCUUGUCUCUGCUGCAGAACGCCCAGCUCUCCAUGCAGGACAACAUUGGAGAACUUGAUCUUGACAAGCAGUCAGAACUCAGAGCAUUACGGAAGAAGGAGCUCGACGAGGAGGAGAGCCUCAGGAAAAGGGCUGUACAGUUUGGAACCGGCGAGUUGUGUGAUGCCAUCUCUGCAGUGGAGGAGAAAGUGAGAUACUUGAGACCGUUAGAUUUUGAAGAAGCCAGGGAACUUUUCCUCCUGGGUCAACACUAUGUGUUUGAGGCGAAAGAGUUCUUCCAGAUUGAUGGGUAUGUUACUGACCAUAUCGAAGUUGUCCAGGACCACAGUGCACUGUUCAAGGUGCUGGCAUUCUUUGAGACUGACAUGGAGAGGCGGUGCAAGAUGCACAAGCGCAGGAUAGCCAUGCUAGAGCCCCUGCUUGUGGACUUGAAUCCCCAGUAUUACCUGUUGGUCAACAGGCAGAUUCAGUUUGAAAUCGCACACACUUACUAUGACAUGAUGGAUUUGAAGGUUGCCAUUGCUGACAAGCUCAGGGAUCCUGACUCACACAUUGUGAAAAAAAUAAACAGCCUGAAUAAGUCUGCACUCAAGUACUACCAGCUCUUCCUAGACUCUCUGAGGGACCCAAAUAAAGUAUUUCCUGAGCACAUCGGGGAGGACGUUCUCCGCCCUGCCAUGUUGGCUAAGUUCCGAGUAGCUCGACUUUAUGGCAGAAUCAUCACUGCAGACCCCAAGAAAGAGCUAGAAAACUUGGCAACAUCUUUGGAACAUUACAAGUUUAUUGUUGAUUACUGUGAAACUCACCCCGAGGCUGCCCAGGAAAUAGAAGUUGAGUUAGAACUUAGUAAAGAGAUGGUCAGUCUUCUCCCAACAAAAAUGGAGAGAUUCAGAACCAAGAUGGCCCUGACUUAAGCCUUGGUUCAAAGGAAAGGAAACAUACAACCUGGAGCAAUUUCUCCUCCAUCCACCCUAGAGAGCGAGCCCAGCUCCAUGGCCACCUUCACACCAGAGCCAGAGGAACGCACUCUGAGCUCAAAUGCAGUCAGGUACCUGAGGCUAUGCUAGGACCUAAGCCACACAACGUUCAUUAAUAAUUUACACCUAAUUAUGUAAUUGCCUUGCUAAGUGACAGGUGUUUUGCAUUUUUGAGCACUCUCUCGUUUUCCUGUUUAAAUGCUAACUGUUAAGCCCUCUGCUGACUAGUGCUUGUUAGGUUUCACACUCGAAACAACUCUGGGGAGUGUGUCUGUGGAAGAGCCUGUUACUGAGACGGAUUUGAGAAAGCUACUUCCUGUAGUCAUUCUGUGUAAAAUACUUUCUUAAUACAGCUUUCCCUUCUGAAAAUACUAAAAAUGUUGUAAAAUGGUUUCUCUUAAUUAUAAGACAAAAGGCCUUGCACAUAAUAAAUGUUCUUGUUUCAACUAGUAAACACUUUUAUUACCCCUUC